AUGGAGAGAGGCGCCUCUGAACCGGACCCAUCCCGCCAGCGAAACGGGGUCGUGGCCGCGCUGUACGGGGAGUUCACCGACACGUUCAACGACAGGGUCCGGUACUCGGUGAGCUUGACGGAGAGCGCCCUGACCGUCCAGAGGAUCUCCUCGUCACCCGGCCGGAGUAAGGUGGUUUUUAACUUGACCGAUUGCAUUGGCUGCCGGGCGUACCGAGGGCCGGACAGCGCGGACGUCGGAGCCUACUUCAAAGCCUAUUUCUACCCGUUCAAGAGGCGCUGGAUGAGCGCCGGAGUGGCCCGGCAGAGAGUGGAGCAGUGCUUUCGGGUCGCGCUGGUCCAGGACCCGCUCGCAAACCUCCAGGAAGCUGAGAGGUGGGCUCAUGCCAUCAGAGAUGCCUCAGUACUGCAGGCGCCCCGGAGAGACGGUGUGGCAUAUACAGAGGUGCGUCGGCCUUGCCGGGUCAUGAUACUGGUGAACCCUCACAGUGGGCGUGGCCAGGCUCUGCAGCUCUUCACUGGCCACGUGCAGGGCAUGCUCACCGAGGCAGCUGUUCCCUACACACUCGUCAUCACAGAGCACCAGAACCAUGCACGGGAGGUGGUGAGGAAGGCUGACCUGACGCAGUGGGACGCCCUGGUUAUCAUGUCCGGAGAUGGGCUGCUGUUUGAGGUGAUAAAUGGUCUGAUGGAGCGAGAGGACUGGCAAGAGGCCAUCCAGACCCCUCUGGGUAUUCUACCAGGUGGCUCAGGCAAUGCCCUGGCUGCCUCCGUCCACCACUACUCACAGUCGCCUCCAGCAUGGAAUGAAGAGCUACUAUUGAGCUGUGGCUUCAUGCUGUGCAAAGGACUGGUUGGCUCCAUGGACCUGGUGUCGAUCCAUUUGGCCUCCCGGCAGCGCCUCUUCUCCUUCCUCUCCCUGGCCUGGGGCUUUGUGGCAGAUGUUGACAUCGAGAGCGAGAAGUACCGCCAUGUCGGAGCCAUCCGCUUCCUGAUGGGCACCCUGGUGCGUCUGGCCACCCUCAGAGUCUAUCAGGGCAGGUUAGCGUAUCUGCCUGUUAAGGAGGCGCCAAAACUUCCAAAAGGCAGCAUCAAGGCUAACCACCCUCCCCCCACACCACAGCACCCCUCACUCUGCUCCUCGCUUUCCUGUCGGCUCAUCCCCAACCCCUCUCCAAGUCAGAAGUCUCAUCACAAUCACAACAGCACAAACUCCAACCACAACACCAUCACCAAAUCCUCCAACAACGCUAUCACCACCAUGAGACCCGAGACCCAGAGUGAUGGUAAGGCCGUAGCACUAGUGGACUCUCUCCUUCCUGGCCUGGACCAGCCAGUCCCAGAGAGCUGGACAGUAGUCAGGGAGGAGGACUUUGUCUUGGUGUUGGCUAUUUACCAGUCCCAUCUUGCGGAGGACCUGUGGACAGUCCCUGGUGCGAUGGCAGACGACGGACAUAUUCAUCUCUUCUACGUGACAGCGGGAAUCUCCCGGCCCGCCCUCCUGCGCCUUUUCCUCGCCAUGGAGAAGGGCGCCCACUUGGCGUGCGGCUGCCCCCACCUGGUGUACGAGAAGGUGAAGGCCCUGCGGCUGGAGCCCAUCUCUCCGCAAGGCGUGAUCACUGUGGACGGAGAGAUGGUGGAGUACGGGCCUGUUCAGGCUCAAAUCCACCCAGGACUGGCCAGACUCAUAUGUGGAUGA